UGCAGGCAGUUAUUUUGAGUUUGUGUGAAGAUGUCAAACCCUAGGAGUAAUGGUGGUGCAAGCAAGCAAAGCAAGGCAUUUUCAAGCCUUCAGAAGGAAAUCGAACAACAGAAGCAUAAAGUGAAUGAUGUGCAUCAAAAGAAUAAUGAGACAGCUAUGUUCUUGAGCAAACUCAAAGACUCUUUGAAAACGGUCAUGGAAAUGGCCAACAAAGAAGAUACACAGCGUGAGGAAUGUGACAAAGAACUACGACAUAUGAAGUUCUUGAUCUCUAAAAUGAGUCAUGACAUGGAAUGUGUCAAGAAAGAACAUGAGCAGAUCACCAAGGAGCUGGAAGAGAGCAAAUCUCUGAAUGAACUGCAGCUGAAAAAGUUUACUGAAGAGACUCGUAAGAAUUUAAAGCAAAUUAGCUCUCUGAAGAUGGCUGUUCAGAAGCAAACUGGUCAUACAAAUGUAUCUACAUUCUCUGAAGAUCUUAAGGGCCAAACUGACCAACUCAAUGCCAAAAUAGUUGAACUUGAAAAACAAUUGGAAAGCAAACAAGAGAUGGAACUGGAGAAUCAGCAACUUCAAGAGAAAUUAGAUGUCAUGGAGCACAUGGAAGGUGAAUUUCUGAAGAUGGUGGCUGAUUUACACAUAAAUGUAGCGGAAAAGGAACGGGCACUUCAAGCCUUAGAAGAAUAUAGCCAAGCACUGACAGUUAAAGAGCGUGAGAGCAAUGAUGAGCUUCAGAAAACUCGAAAAAGAAUGAUUGAGGGCAUUGCAGGAAGACCUAGUCGUGGUGCCAACAUUGUUGUGAAGAGAAUGGGGCAAGUGGACUCAAGGCCAUUCUACAAAGCUUUGUAUGCAAAGAGAAAAUAUAGCAAGGAGGAAGUAGCUGAGAGAGCUGCAGAAAUGUGUUCUGUGUGGGAAAAUAAUCUGAAGGACCCCCAUUGGUAUCCUUUCAAAAUAAUCACAUUUCGUAAUGGACCAAAGGAAAUUAUAAAUGAAGAAGAUGCAAAGCUGAAAAGAUUGAAAAUGGAGAUGGGUGUUGGGCCAUUUAAAGCGGUGGUGACAGCUUUGACAGAGAUGAAUGAGUACAAUCCCAGUGGGAGAUAUGUAGUCUCAGAGCUAUGGAACCGCAGUGAGGAAAGGAGAGCAACUCUGGAAGAAGGAGUUGAACUUCUGUUUGAACAUUGGAAAGUAAAAAAGCAGAAAAUACAUCAAACUGGGACUGCUGAUGGUGAAAAUGCUGAUAAUGACAAUGAAGUGUCACCCGCCCAUGAUGACAAUGCGGCAUCACCCUUUGUAGGAAAGGGUGUGUAAUUCACAUUGCUUUGUCCCUGACAUCAAAGCAAGUUGUGAAUGGUGGGAAGGUUGAUAGGUAAUGAAAUUAAGGUAGUGCUUUUGUUUUGAACAUUUUGAGCUAGUAGGAAAAAGAUUACAAGGGCUAAUUCAUUAUAUAUAGAUGUAGAAAUGUGGCUAACUUCUUGUUAGCUUGCUAUCCUUGUUUGUUACUUAACUGGUGUGGGUGAACACAUGGAUUUUUGAACUUUGAAUGACUAUAUUAUGUGCCUUUUUGUUUCUACUUUA